GCGGCCCGGCCCGGCCCGAGGACGGAGCGAGCGAGUGAACCCGCGGGCCCGAAGGAGGCGGAGGACGGGCAGGGCGCGUGCGCGGGCCCGGGCCCCGCCACCAUGACGGAGGAGUCGGAGGAGACGGUGCUCUACAUCGAACAUCGCUACGUCUGCUCCGAGUGCAACCAGCUCUUUGGCUCCCUGGAGGACGUGCUCCUGCACCAGAACUCGCACCUCCCCCAGCAGCACUUCGAGGUGGUGGGCGUGGCCGACCCCGGGGUCUCUGUGGCCGCCGAGGCUCCCAGCGGCUCCGGCCUCUACCAGACGCUGGUGCAGGAGAGCCAGUACCAGUGCCUGGAAUGCGGGCAGCUCCUGCUGUCCCCAGGCCAGCUCCUGGAGCACCAGGAGAUGCACCUCAAGCUGCUGACCACCCAGGAGCCGGCCCCGCCCGAGACGCCCCCCGCCAAGCCGCCCCCCGCCAUCUCCGCCAGCACCAUUCACUAUGAGUGUGUGGAUUGCAAGGCGCUCUUCGCCAGGCAGGAGCUGUGGCUGAGCCAUCGCCAGACGCACCUGCGGGCCGUGGCCGCCGUGGCGGCCGCCGCCGCCUCCCCUCCGCAGCCUUCGCCGCCCCCGGCUGUGGGGCCCCAGCUGGGCCAAGCCCAGGUGGCCCUGGAGCACUCGUACCGCAAGUCGGAGGAGGCGGGCGAGGCCGCGGGCCCCGCGGGCGCCGGGGAGGUGGUGGCCGAGGUCGAGCUGCUCCUGUACAAGUGCUCCGAGUGCUCCCAGCUCUUCCACCUGCCCGGCGACUUCCUGGAGCACCAGGCCACCCACUUCGGUCCUUUGGCCCCCGGCCCCGAGACCACCGGAGCCCCCGACCUGCCCCCGACCUCUGACCACAGCUACGAGCUCCGCAACGGCGGCGAGAGCGCGGGCGGCGGGAGCGGGCGGGAGCGCAGGGGGGGCCGCAGGCUGCUGCGCCGCGCGGGCGGAGACUCCCCCGCCGUGGCCUCCCCCGAGCUCUUCUGCCCCACCUGCGACCAGCUCUUCCUCUCCCCCCAUCAGCUGCAGCAGCACCUGCGCAGCCACCGCGAGGGGCUCUUCAAGUGCCCCCUCUGUAGCCGCGCCUUCCCCAGCCCCCCCAGCCUGGACCAGCACCUGGGCGAGCACAGCGGCGAGUCUCACUUCCUCUGUGUGGACUGCGGCCUGGCCUUCGGCACCGAGGCCCUCCUCCUGGCACACCGGCGCACCCACACCCCCAACCCGCUGCACUCGUGCCCCUGCGGCAAGACCUUUGUCAACCUCACCAAGUUCCUUUAUCACCGGCGCACACAUGGCGCGGGGGGCGUCCCCAUCUCCGCCCCUGCGCCCGCCGCCUCCUCUGAGGAUCCCGAGCCUGCGCCCACGGAGGCAGGAGGAGCCCCAGGGGCCACGGCCCCCGCCAGCGCCCCCGCGGGCCCUCCCAGCAGCCUCCCCUCGGGGUCCGGCCCCCACCGCUGCCUUCUCUGCAGCCGCGAGUUCAGCAAGGCCCUGCAGCUGGCCCGCCACCAGCGCUUCGUGCACCGGCUGGAGCGGCGGCACAAGUGCGGCGUCUGUGGCAAGAUGUUCAAGAAGAAGUCCCACGUGCGGAACCACCUGCGCACCCACACGGGCGAGCGGCCCUUCCCCUGCCCCGACUGCGCCAAGCCCUUCAACUCGCCUGCCAACCUGGCGCGGCACCGGCUCACGCACACCGGGGAGCGGCCCUACCGCUGCGGCGACUGCGGCAAGGCCUUCACGCAGAGCUCCACGCUGCGCCAGCACCGCCUGGUGCACGCCCAGCACUUCCCCUACCGCUGCCAGGAGUGCGGCGUGUGCUUUCACCGGCCCUACCGCCUGCUGAUGCACCGCUACCACCACACGGGCGAGUACCCGUACAAGUGCCGCGAGUGCCCGCGCUCCUUCCUCCUGCGCCGCCUGCUCGAGGUGCACCAGCUGGUGGCCCACGCCGGGCGCCAGCCUCACCGCUGCACAGCCUGCGGGGCCGCCUUCCCCUCGUCCCUGCGCCUCUGCGAGCACCGCUGCGCCGCCGCCCAGGCCCAGGCCCCCCGCCGCUUCGAGUGCGCCACCUGUGGCAAAAAGGUGGGCUCCGCGGCCAGGCUCCAGGCCCACGAAGCCGCCCACGCGGCAGCCGGUCCGGGGGAGGUCCUGGCCAAGGAGGCGGCCACCCCCCGGCCCUCUCGGGCCGCGCGCCCCCCGGCCCCCGCCGCCCUGCCCGCCGCCUCUCCCGCCGCGCCCCCGCCGGCCCCUGCCCGGCGACGGGGCCUGGAAUGUAGCGAGUGCAAGAAGCUCUUCAGCACGGAGACGUCCCUGCAGGUGCACCGGCGCAUCCACACGGGGGAGAGGCCCUACCCGUGCCCGGACUGCGGCAAGGCCUUCCGCCAGAGCACCCACCUCAAAGACCACCGCCGCCUGCACACCGGGGAGCGGCCCUUCGCCUGCGAGGUGUGCGGCAAGGCCUUCACCAUCGCCAUGCGCCUGGCCGAGCACCGCCGCAUCCACACGGGCGAGAGGCCCUACGCCUGCCCCGACUGCGGCAAGAGCUACCGCUCCUUCUCCAACCUCUGGAAGCACCGCAAGACCCACCAGCAGCAGCACCAGGCGGCCGUGCGCCAGCAGCUGGCAGAGGCGGCCGCCGAGGCGGCGGCCACCCUCACCGUGGUGGAGACGGCGGUCGAGGCGCUGCCCCUGGUGGAAACCAUUGAGAUCUACCCGCUGGCGGAGGGCGACGGGGUGCAGAUCAGUGGGUGACCCGGGGGUCUCGCGCUUAUUCCCCUCGGGGUCGGUUACGGCGUCCUCCCCCCCUCUGGGCCUGGCCAGGACCUGCCGGGGCGCCCGCUC